CCCCCCACCCCACCCCCGGAGCUACGGUGGUCAGUGCGGUUCGGCUUCGUCUCUUCUUCUUUUUUUCCUGGGCACAUUGUUGGAGACUGGAUGCGCUCGAGGCUCCAGCUCGACCCCGUGUGUGGACUCAGCCAGUUGCCCAUUAAAGAACACGAGUGGGUGGGAGCUCGGGGAAAAUGCCUUAAACCAACCGGGUCGAUGCACUUUGUGGUGUUUGAACUUUUGGCCUCGCUUGUGUAGCCCCACGUUCUGGACUUUGUUGUGAGGCGAGCACGUCUCCUGGCUCCUCGGUGACAGCAGAGGUACAGACAGAGGGUGUGUUACACUGCCUACCGAGGGGGCGGACCCCGUAACACAACUUCCAAGUGAUUUUUUUUGCAUUGGAUUAAUUGACGACCAUGGCUACACACGGAGAUGCUGCGGAGGGAGGAACCAAUAAAGAGUUCAACGACAUCAUCAAAUGGAGAUCCGACGAGCACGAUGCAGUACAGAAGAAAACGUUCACCAAAUGGAUCAAUGCACAGCUCUCCAAGACGGGGAAGACGCCCAUCAAAGACAUGUUCUCCGACCUGAAGGACGGGAAGAAGCUGCUGGAGCUGCUGGAGGGUCUCACUGGAACUGUCCUGACCAAAGAGCGAGGCUCCACCAGAGUGCACUCUCUCAACAACGUCAACAAAGUACUUCAAGUCCUGCAUCAAAAUAAUGUGGAUCUGGUGAACAUAGGAGGGACGGAUAUUGUGGAUGGGAACCACAAGCUGACCUUAGGCCUCAUCUGGAGUAUUAUCCUUCACUGGCAGGUAAAAGACAUCAUGAAGGACAUCAUGUCCAACCUGCAGCAGACCAACAGCGAGAAGAUCCUGCUGAGCUGGGUGCGUCAGUGCACCAACUCCUACCCAGAAGUCAACGUGGUGAACUUCACCACCAGCUGGGCCGACGGGCUGGCUCUCAACGGCAUCCUCCACCACUUCAGACCGAACGCCUUCAGUUGGGAUCAGGUGGUCAAGCUGAGCCCGGUGGAAAGACUGGAACAUGCCUUCACCGUAGCCAAAGACCAGCUGGCUAUUGUGCGGCUGCUGGAUGCUGAAGACGUGGCGGUGCAGCUCCCAGAUAAGAAGUCCAUCAUCAUGUACGUGACGUCUCUGUUCGCGGUGCUGCCCAAAGAUGUGAGCAUGGAGGCGAUCAGGGAAGUGGAGACGCUGCCACGCAGAUUCAAAUCGGAGGACUCGGGUCCGGGCCUCAGCGCUCAGAGUGUAAAGAUGCAGGAAGCAGGCAGCAGCCCCCGGCCCGAGACCCCCGGCACGCUGACGGAGACGGAGGGCGAGAUGGAGGACAGCCGGCCCGAGGUGGACCUGGACAGCUACCAGACCACCCUGGAGGAAGUUCUGACCUGGCUGCUGUCGGCUGAGGACGCCCUGCAGAUCCAGGACGAGGUGUCGGACGACGUGGAAGACGUCAAGGAUCAGUUUCACACACACGAGGCCUUCAUGAUGGAGCUGACAGCACACCAGAGCAGUGUGGGUAAUGUGCUGCAAGCUGGUAAUCAGCUGAUCGCACAGGGCAACCUGACUGAGGAGGAGGAGGAUGAAAUCCGGGAGCAGAUGAGCCUCCUCAACUCCCGCUGGGAGAGCCUCCGAGUGGCCAGCAUGGACCGACAGGCCAGGCUCCACGAAGUCCUGAUGGAUCUUCAGCAGCAGCAGUUGCAGCAGCUUUCUGAUUGGCUCACCAAGACUGAAGAGCGAAUCAGGAGGAUCGAGACAGAGGCGACGCCUAAAGACGUGGAGCUCUACCAAGAACAGAUAGAGCUGCACAAAGAGCUUCAGAACGACCUGGAGGCCGAGCAGGUGAAGGUGAACUCCCUGACACACAUGGUGGUCGUGGUGGAUGAGAACAGCGGUGAGAGCGCCACUGCUGCCCUGGAGGAGCAACUACAGACAUUGGGUGAGCGCUGGGCAGCCGUGUGCCGCUGGACGGAGGAGAGGUGGCACAAGCUGCAGGACGUCUUCAUGGUGUGGCAGCAGCUUCUGUCGGACCAGAGUUUGUUUCGAGAGUGGUUGGCAGAAAAAGAGGAGGCUCUGAGUGAAGUUCAGACCAGCAACUUUAAGGACCCGGGUGAAAUGAAUACCAAUGUGCGGCGAUUAGCAAUUUUAAAGGAAGACAUGGAAAAGAAGAAGAGAACUCUGGACCAGCUGUCUGAUGAGGGACAGGACGUGAUAUCUCUGCUGCGGAGUCCUGAGGCAGGAGCCAAGAUCGAGGUGGACACAGAGGAUCUGGCUCAUAGAUGGGACAACCUGGUGCAGAGGCUGGAGGAUUGUUCCUUCCAGGUGAUGGAAGCUGUCACAGACUCCGGGAUGACUCAGAUGGAAGACGUAGAAGACGUUGUGGACACAGCUCCUGUGGCUGCGGCUGUGUCCAGCCCUGACCAGGAGUUGGCUCCACCUGCUCCCCCCAAGAAACGCCUGGUGGAGACUGAUGCAGAAGUCCGGCGAAAGUUUGAAAACCAGCUUUCUGAGCUCCUCAGCUGGAUCAAAACGUAUAAGACGUCUCUUCAGGCUCUGGCGUCCGCGCACCCUGAGACGACACCUCACUCACCAGACCUACAGGACAAGCUGAAGGGCUUGGAGUCGGACCUCACAGGAAAGGAAGCCACAGUUGGUCAAGUGGUCCAGGAGGGACGGGUCCUGAUGGACCAGCUGGAGAGAGAGGGGGUGUGUGUGGACUCGCUAAGAGCAGAUGUGGGCCUGAUACAAACCGAGUGGGACGUCUGUGCGAGGGAGCUGGGGGCAGCUGGGGAGCGAGUCCACACCCAGACCCGGGUCAGCUCGGUGUCUGCAGAGCUGACAGACCUGGACGGGGUCUUGGAGGAGCAGGACCGGUGGCUGGACUCGACCUCGGCUGUGGAAAAGUGCGACGAGGCCGAGCUGAGAAACCUGAGCGGAGAAUGUCAGUCCCGACUCGUCCAGGUCACCGCACUGAGGCCUCGACUGGAGCAGCUCUCUGCAGAGGCAGGAUCACUGGGCGCCGUGCCCUCGCUGAAAGACAGCAUGGUGGUGGUCUCGGCACAUCACGCCUCCACGCUGCAGCGGCUACAGAGCAGAGAGGAAGAAGUCAGCAAAGCCUUGGCCCCCCCGGAGGCCGAGGAGAUGGCCCCGUGUCCCGUGGAGGCUCUGGAGGCCGGACUGUCCACUUUGAGAGAAGGAAUCACAGACGUCCCCACCACUGAGGCAGCAGUGGAGCGGGCACAGGCUCUGUGUAUAGAGAUCGAGCAAACGCAACAAGCCUCGGAUCCGGCAGAACUACAAAGGUGGAGUCAACUUUCCUCCAAGGCUCGCGAGGAGCUGGGGACUCUGCAGUGCAUCCUGGGUAGCAUGAAGGACAACCAGGUGCGUGUGGUGCAAGUUGAACGUUGGUUGGAUGCGGUUCAGGAGCUGUUGUCUCAUGAUGCCGCCGGGUUGAGCCAGACAGAGAGACCACGUGAAGAGCUUAACCAGUGCAAGGAGUAUGUGAAUGAGAUGGAGUCAGUGGAAGGUUCGUUGAAGCAGAUGGGAGAGAAUGUGAGUGCCGUGCAGGCCACUGCAGUCCCGGGACUGGCCACGUGGGGGCAGGAGAAGUUGGACGAGUCCCGGGGAAAGUGGGACACGCUCAGCAAAAAGCUGCUGAGCCACCAGGAGCGCGCGGCAGAGCGUCAGGAGAAGCAGGUGAAUCUGAAGAAGGACUUGGCGGAGAUGCAGGAGUGGAUGACACAGGUAGACGAGGAGUUUCUCAUGCGGGACUUCGAGUACAAGGGUCCCGAGGAGCUGGAGGCCUCGCUGGAGGAGAUGAAGAGGGCUAAAGAGGAUGUGCUGCAGAAGGAGGUGAAGGUAAAGAUCCUGAAAGACAGCAUCAACAUGUUGGUGUCCAAAACAGCGCCCCCUGGUGGAGGCAGUGGACAGGAGCUGACGACAGAGCUGGAGGGGGUACUUGCGAAUUACCACAAGCUGUGCGACCGCCUCAAGAGCAAGUGCCACACUCUGGAGGAGGUGUGGUCCUGUUGGAUGGAGCUGCUUCAGUACCUGGACAUGGAGCAGAAUUGGCUCAACACUGUGGAGGAGAAAGUUCAAGCCACUGACAACCUGCCGGAGAGUACUGAGGCCGUCAGUGAAGCUCUGGAGUCGUUGGAGAGCGUGCUUCGCCACCCGGGGGACAACCGCACGCAAAUCAGAGAGCUGGGUCAGACGCUGAUUGACGGCGGCAUUUUGGACGAGCUCAUUAGCGAAAAACUAGAGACCUUCAAUUCUCGCUACGAGCAACUCAACAACCAGGCGGUGAACCGGCAGAUCGGCCUCGAGCAGCAGCUGCAGACGCUGAAGGAGAACGAACAGGCGCUGCAAUCCCUGCAGGAGUCUCUGAGCCAGCUGGACCACACACUCACCUCCUACCUCACCGAUCGCAUAGACGCCUUCCAGCUCCCGCAGGAGGCGCAGUCCAUCGGGGCAGAGGUCGCAGCCCACGAGGUGACAGUAGAAGAGAUGAGAAAGAGGAACGUGGCCAAUUUGCCCCCCCCAGGCGCUGAUGGCAAGGCUGCCCGCAGUGGGACCAUGCUGGAUCAUCUUCAGAGGAAGCUGAGGGAGAUCUCCACCAAGUACCAGCUGUUCCAGAAGCCCGCUAACUUUGAACAGCGCAUGUUGGACUGCAAGAGGGUCCUGGACGGGGCCAAGGCUGAGCUGCACAUCCUGGAUGUCACAGACGUGGAUCCAGAGAAGAUCCAGUCCCACCUCAAUGGCUGCAUGAAAUUAUACAAACUGCUGAGUGAAGUGAAGCUCGAGGUGGAGACGGUGAUAAAAACCGGUCGCCAGAUUGUGCAGAAGCAGCAGACUGAGAACCCCAAGGCAAUGGACGAACAGCUUACUGCUCUCAAGCUGCUAUACAAUGACCUGGGGGCUCAGGUGACGGAGGGGAAGCAGGACCUGGAGAAGGCCAUGUCUCUGACGCAGAAGUUCCAGAAGGAGAGCGCCGCCCUGCAGGAGUGGCUGAGCACCAAUGAGGCUGAGCUCCAGCAGAAGAACGGCUGUGGAGACAUGCCAGCCGACAUCGAUGCUGAGAUCGCAUGGGCUAAUGGCCUCCUGAAGGAGUCGGAGCGGCGUAAGGCCGAGCUGUCCAGCCUGAUGGAGACCAGUGCCGGGCUGCAGACUCUGGUGGAGGGCAGCGAGGCGCAGCUGGAGGACAAACUCUUUGGUCUCAAUGAAUCCUGGGGCCGCGUACGCACCUGGACGGAGGACUGGCUCAGCACUGUGCUGAGUCAUCAGAACGAGGUGGAAAUCUUUGAUGAGAACGUGGCUCACAUCAGCACGUGGCUCUACCAGACCCAGAUCCACCUGGACGAGGCCGAGCGGCUCGCACCGCCCGAGAGGGAGAUAGUGCUGCAGAGCAUGAUGGAGGAGCUGGAGGACGUCAGUCUGCGUGUGGACAACGUGAGGGAGCAGGCCAUCAUCCUGAUGACCAGCAGGGGGCCCGCCUGCCGAGACGUGGUGGAGCCCAAACUUGAGGAGCUCAACUGCAACUUUGACAAAGUGUCUCAGCACAUCAAGACAGCCAAGAUGAUGACCAGCUUGAAGUCGGGAGGUUUUGAGGUUAUCCAGCAGGCACCUCAGCAGAUCCGUCACAACCAGGAGAUCCGAGCCGAGGUUAUCCAGCAGGCACCUCAGCAGAUCCGUCACAACCAGGAGAUCCGAGCCGAGAGUCAGAGUCGGGCUCAUCCUCUUGAGCCUCAGGUCUCUAGUGAGGUGAAGGACCUUCAGGUGGAGCUCCAGGACACCCUGAGGGCCCUGCAGCAACAGCAGCAGCAACAACAACAACAACAACAACAACAACAACUUGAUGAUGACAAGAUGGAUGAGGAGAAAGCCGGGGUGGAGGAGCUGCUGCGGAGAGGAGAGGAGCUGCUGCAGCAAACUUCAGACGAGGGCCAGAGGGAGGAGCUGAGACUCCUGCUGCUCGGGCUUCAGAGCCAAUACUCUGCUCACAGGGAGCUGACGGUGCUGCGGAUCAGGCAGGUGGAGGUCUCUGUGGACUCGUCGUCUUCUCACUCCUUCACAGAGCAAACAAAAGAGUGUUCAGCAGAGGAGAUGUCUGCACCGGAGCGUAGCACCGCCUCCUCGCUGAGCCCCUCCGACUACCUGCUGGACAUCAACAAGCUGCUCCUCUCCAUGGCUGACAACGAGUUGCUUCUGAAUUCGCCUGAGCUCGGCGGGGGGCGCUAUGAAGACUUCUCCAGCCAGGAGGACAUGCUGAAGAAUAUCAAAGUGAAUCUGGAUCAUCUGGGCGAGCAGGUCACAGGAAUCCACGAGCGCCAGCCUGAUGCCAUUCAAGACGCUUCCCCCCCGCAGGUCUCUCAGAUCGGAGACGCCCUCACGCAGCUCAACGCCGGGUGGGACCGCCUCAACCGCAUGUACAACCACCGCAAGGGGAGUUUUGACCGUGCCAUCGAGGAGUGGGGGCAGUUCCACUGUGACAUGAACGACCUGAGUCAGUGGCUGAGUGACACCGAGACACUGCUGUCGGAGAGCGUCAGCCCGGACGGACAGCUCGACCUGAACUCCGCCCGAAGACACCAAGAGGAGCUGGAAGAAGGCGUGGUUAAUCACCAACCUGUCCUGGCUGGACUCUCCCGCACCGGGGAGCAGAUUAUUGGGCAGCUGUCGUCUCCUGAUGGCCCACUGCUCGAAGAGAAGCUGGACGGCCUCAGUCACCGUUGGAGAGUGGUCAAGCGCCAGGUGGUGGACAGACAGCGCCGGCUCACUGGCGAGGACCCGGCCCUGUCAGACCUGGUGAGGAGACGCAAUGAGCUGGCUGUGUGGCUGGAGCAGGCGGAGAACGCUGUCAGCUCCCUGCCUGUCACAGCCACUGACGAGAGCUUCAAAGAACUCAAGGCCCUCGCUGAGGAAAUGGACGCACACAAUGAGCGACUCGGUUGGUUGAACAAGCACGCGCCUCAGAUCCUGGCCAGUCCCAGCGUGAGCCCCCAGAGCCGGGACCAGCAUGUCGGCAAACUGAGAGCCAUCAACCUCAACUGGAGCAAAGUGACCCAUGAGCUGUUGGAGAAGGUGGGGGAGGUGGAGUCCAACCUGCAGAGUCACGCACAGUUCCAGGACAGGAUGGAGCGACUCACCGACUGGGUUGUCGUCACGCACCAGACAAUCAUAACCAGAGGCCUGAACCCUGUUCAAGCACAGGCUCUGGAGGCUUCCAUGAAGGACAGGAAGAAGGACCUGGAGGAGCUGUUGGCUCAUUCCAUCGAGCUACAACGACAACAGCAGCUGCUGCCUCAUGAAAAGACCAAGGUAGAGGAGCUGGCAGCUGAUUGGAAAGCUCUGGAUGGUCGAAUCAGGGAAUCUCUUCAGCCGCCCAUCUCUCCAUGGGCACAGCACCAGCAUGUCGUCCAGCACCAGCAGCUUGUGUCUUCUGUCCCCUCAGCCGUGCAGCUGGCCAGUCUGAUGAGCGAGGACCCCUACCACCAAACCCCGCACACGCCGGAAGGCGUGGCUCCCACCGACCUCAACGAGACGGCCACCGAGCUGGCCGACUGGCUGCUCCUCAUCACGCAGAUGCUCAAGUCGAACAUUGUAACCGUGGGGGACACGGAGGAGAUCAGGGCCACUAUGGAACGUCUGCAGGUGACGAAGAGUGACCUGGAGCAGCGCCACCCGCAGCUCGAGGACAUCUUCACCCUGGCACAGAACAUCAAAAACAAGACUUCUAACCUGGACGUUCGCACAUCCAUAACUGAGAAACUGGAGAAGGUACGCAGCCAGUGGGACAACACUCAGCACGGUGUCGAGGCUCGACUCCAGCAGCUGGACAACAUGACCGCCCACAGUAUCCAGUGGGAGGAGCAGAGGAAGGAGACGAAGGCUCUUAUUGGGCACCACGAAGGACGCUUCCACAGCCUCCUCCAGCCGUCCAGAGAGCCCCUGACUAAACAGCUCGCUGACCACAAGGCGUUUCUCCAGGACCUGGGACGGGGCCAGGGCACGGUGGCAGCCUUCAACGAGUUGUCCGGUCAUCUUCUGCGGGAGUAUUCCACCGACGACACCAGGCGGAUCAAAGAGGUCGCAGACAAACACAACGCUGCCUGGAACAACCUCAACAACAGGGGCGGUGACCGUUACACUCAUCUGGACGGGGAACUGAAGGGUCUGCAGAUGUCGCUCAGGGAACUGGAGUCCUUCCUCAAGUGGCUCCAGGAGGCGGAGACUACCGUUAACGUCCUGGCCGACGCCUCCCAGAGGGAAGACCUGACGCAGGACUCCGCCCACGGGAAGGAGCUGAAGCAACAACUGGAGGACAUUCAGGCUGAGAUCGAUGCCCACAAUGACAUCUACAAGAGCGUGGACGGGAACAAGUCAAAGAUGGUCAAGGCUCUGGGCAGCUCGGAGGAAGCCGUGUUCCUCCAACACAGGCUGGAUGACAUGAAUCAACGCUGGAGCGACCUGAAGGCCAAAUCCGCCAACAUUAGAGCGCACCUUGAGGCGAGUGCCGAGCGCUGGUCUCGUCUGCUGGGCCUCCUGGAGGAGCUGUGGAGGUGGAUCUGCAUGAAGGACGAGGAGCUGGCCCAGCAGAUGCCCAUCGGAGGAGACGUGCCCAUCUUACUGCAGCAGCAGAGCCACUGCACGGGGAUACGGGCAGAGCUGAAGGAGCGUGAGCAACUGGUGAACAGUACGUUGGACCAGGCCAGGAUGUUUCUAGCUGACCAGCCGAUCGAGGGUCCUGGAGAGCCACGCAAGAUCCCGCAGCCCAAGACGGACCUCACCCCAGAGGAGAAGGCCCGGGUGUUAGCUCGGGCCAUCCGCAAGCAGACGGGCGAGGUGAGGGAGCGGUGGGAGCGUCUCAAAGGACACGUGGGCGGCUGGCACAGUCAGGUGGAGCGGGCGCUGGAGCGACUCCAGGAGCUGCAGAGCUCCAUGGACCAGCUCGACCUGCGGCUGACUCAGGCGGAGGAGGCCAAAGCUACCUGGCAGCCUGUGGGGGAUCUGCUGAUCGACUCGCUGCAGGACCACAUCGACAAGACCAUGGCCUUCAGAGAGGAGGUGGCCCCCUUACGUCAGGACGUCAAAAUGGUCAAUGAGCUCUCUGCAGAGCUGAACCCGCUGGACAUCCAGCUGUCCUCCACCGCCUCCAGACAACUGGACCAGCUCAACAUGAGAUGGAAACUGCUGCAGGUGGCGGUUGACGAGAGGCUGAAGCUACUUCAGGAAGCCCACCGAGACUUUGGCCCCUCCUCCCAACAUUUCCUCUCCACUUCCGUACAGCUCCCCUGGCAACGAGCAGUGUCCCAGAAUAAGGUUCCAUAUUACAUCAAUCACCAGACGCAGACGACCUGCUGGGACCAUCCAAAGAUGACAGAACUCUACCAGUCACUAGCGGACUUGAACAAUGUGAGAUUCUCAGCAUACCGAACAGCCAUGAAGAUCCGCCGACUACAGAAGGCACUGUGUUUGGACCUGUUGGACCUCAGCGUGGCACAGAACACCUUCGAGCAGCACAAACUCACCAACAACAAUCAGCUGCUCUCCGUCCCCGACGUCAUCAACUGCCUGACGUCCAUCUACGACGGCCUGGAGCAGGAGCACAAGGACCUGGUCAACGUGCCUCUGUGCGUGGACAUGUGUCUCAACUGGCUGCUCAAUGUUUACGACACUGGCCGCAGUGGGAAGAUCCGCGUCCUGUCCAUGAAGAUCGGCGUGCUCUCUCUGUCUAAGGGUCACCUGGAGGAGAAAUACAAAUACCUCUUCAGCCAGGUGGCGUCGGCAGGGGACACGUGUGACCAGCGGCAGCUCGGACUUCUCCUGCACGAAGCCAUCCAGAUUCCGAGGCAGCUGGGGGAGGUGGCCGCCUUCGGAGGCUCCAACAUCGAGCCGAGCGUCCGCAGCUGCUUCCAGCACGUGACCAAUAAGGUGGAGCUGGAGCCCAGGCAGUUUGUUGAUUGGAUGCGUCUGGAGCCUCAGUCCAUGGUUUGGCUUCCUGUGCUGCACAGAGUCGCCGCAGCAGAGACGGCGAAACAUCAGGCAAAGUGUAACAUCUGCAAGGAGUGUCCCAUUGUUGGCUUCAGGUAUCGCAGUCUGAAGCAUUUCAACUACGACGUUUGUCAGAGCUGCUUCUUUUCCGGCCGCACCGCCAAGGGCCACAAGCUCAACUACCCCAUGGUGGAGUACUGCACGCCGACGACAUCAGGUGAGGACAUGCGCGAUUUCACCAAAGUGCUGAAGAACAAAUUCCGAUCGAAGAAGUACUUUGCCAAACAUCCUCGGCUCGGUUACCUGCCGGUGCAGACGGUCCUGGAAGGAGACAACAUGGAAACUCCCGUCACCCUCAUCAGCAUGUGUCCGGAGCAGUACGAGCUGUCCCCGUCACCUCAGUUCUCUCAUGAUGACACCCAUUCCAGGAUAGAGCAGUAUGCCAGCAGGUUGGCCCAGAUGGAACGCUCCAACGGCUCCCUGCCCACAGACAGCAGCUCAGCCACAGGAAGCAUGGACGACGAGCAUGCCCUGAUCCUGCAGUACUGCCAGACGCUGGGAGGGGAGGGCUCCCCCUGCAGUCAGCCCCAGAGCCCUGCCCAGAUCCUCCAGGCCGUGGAGAGGGAGGAGCGGGGCGAGCUGGAGCGGAUCAUCGCUCGGCUGGAGGAGGACCAGAGGACCCUGCAGAGGGAGUACGAGCAGCUGAAAGAGCAGCAUGGCCAGCGAGGGGCCCCCGCCGGCAGCCCCUGGGAGUCGGAUGGCUCCUCUGCCCAUCCCGAGGAGGCCGAUCUGCUCGCAGAGGCCAAGCUACUGCGACAGCACAAGGGCCGCCUGGAGGGCCGCAUGCACAUCCUGGAGGAACACAACAAGCAGCUGGAGUCUCAGCUCCACCGCCUCCGACAGCUACUGCACCAGCCGGAGGUGGACGCAAGGGUAAACGGAGUGUCCUCUCCCGCCGGACAAGACCGAGGGCCCCUGACGGAGAACUCAGAUGAGCUGCUGGAUUCCCACAACAGCAGCUCUGACCUGGCAGAUGUAAUGGAGCAGAUUAACAACUCCUUCCCAGCAUGCAGUCCCUCAAGUCUCCCCUCAAGACCACAGGUGAUGUGAGGACCACACAGGAUGACGUGCGUUUGUGAAUGCACACGUGUGUUUGUGUGUGUGUGUGUGUGUGUGUGCGUGAGAGUGUGUGUCUGUGUGUGUGUGCGUGAGAGUGUGUGUCUGUGUGUGUGUUUGUAGUGAGUGCUGGAGGAGACAGGAACAUUCCCAAACAAACAACGUCCCUCCCCCCCCCAAGACCCUGAAUCCCAAAGACGCACAGGACCGGACAACUUAACUACUUUUACCACCUUGUCUUGUACUAUGCAAAUUGUACAUUUUAUGAACUGUAGAUUGUACCUGAAUUAGGUUCGGCAUUUGUCAGUGAUUUGUUUUUCGAUAAGCAGAAGAGUAUAUGGCACAGGGCUGUGUACAUUGAAACCUGCUUCUUGUUUUUCAGAGGGGGGGUUUGGGGGGUUUUGUGUUUUGUUCUUGUUAAGUUUUGCUUUCACUGGGAAUCAAACUGUUACAUGUUUUUAUGUCAUUCCACCGCUUGGAACCCUCCAGCCCCCGAGUCGCCAUUAGCCACAGAUUUUAUUCCAUAUUUGGGAGCACACACACACAGUCACUGAGUCAUAACGCUCAGUGGCUGAGAGGAGGAUUUUUAAG